AUGAAAACAGGCCGUAAAAACAACGUGAUAUUUUUUUAUGGACAAAAAGCUUUUACCACCAAAUCUGAAAUGAUUACUUAUUUGACGAGAAAGUUUAACUAUAUACCAAAAACUCAUUUGUUGUUAGAUUUAAUAGACAAAGACCCUCAAGGUGUAUGGAAAAGAAGAAACAAACAUAAUCAUUUUGAAAAAAUUAGUGGUAUGUCAACUGAAGUUCAUCGUUGCUCAACAAAUGUCACUCUUAUUUACGUUUACAGUUACAAUAGAAAUGUUUCAUAUGAAUGUAAUGGAAAUGGAUUUAGCAGUUAUUCAUUAGCCUAUGAAAACGCUAAAAAACUAGAAUUAUAUGAUAAAUUUAUCAUUCCACCAUCGCUUUUGGAAUGGUAUGCUAGAAGCACAUCAAUUUGGAAACAUAUUUGGAUGGGCUGCAACUAUAGAUGUUUUUCAGCACGCAAUUAUGAAGGCCUUAGAUAUCGUACUCUCAAAGAAAUAAAUUCAUACAGAAAACUUAAUUUUAAAAAAGGUUUAAAGUAUAACUAUUAUCUUGAAAGCGAUGCAGAUACUUUUGCCAAAAAAAUUUCUAGAACAAAUCCAACAUCUUUGUGUGAUACAGUUAGUCCUUAUCUAAUGUCUGGUCAUAUUAGUGCGCCGUGGGGUCAUUUGUUGGUUAAGAGAUGGUAUGAUGAAUAUAAAAAAUAUAGACCCACUGGUUCUAAGACUGUUUCCAAAGUAACACAACAUUACCAAGUUCUAAUGAAUUCACAAUAUAGAAAAGUUGGCGUUGGAAUUCGUGAAAAAGGAAAUUAUAUUUAUAUUGUUUUAAAAUUUGUCUAA